GAUACAAUUCAAUACAAGAAAAAACAAUCAAUACAAAGUACAGAAAAGACGAUACAAGUUCCACCAGAUAUUUUCCUGUUCGUUGCUUGUUGACUUGCUAUCCUCUUUCUUGUCUACUUGUCAUACUACACCAUACCUUCUUUCUUGUCUACUUGUCAUACUACACCAUACCUUCUUUGAAUAUUCAACACGAGUUGCCGUAUCUAGACUUACUUGCGCUUUCUUUGAUCUGCAGAUACUCAAAACCAAUUUAAGUCUCGCACACCAGCGUGAAAAGAUGGAUCAAGACGACAGUGAUACUGAGUACGGUACUGGCGGGUAUCCUGAGGAGCACGUCCGACAACCAAUGUUGACAACUCCUCGGGGGCCCGCCGGUCCGUAUAGGGCAAUCUAUAGUGACCUUGACGACAUGCAAGAGACAAGACGCCGUCGAAUCGAUGAACGAAUGGAGGCAGCCCAUGAAGAGGGACGCUUGAGUGGUGCUCCCGAUGAUCCUGCCGAUCAGCGAGAAUUUAUCAAAGACUUGUUCGAAGCGUUCAACUCUGUUGAAACCGAGGGCGAUGAUGCGAUCAUCGAUAAACCAACCAAACAUGGCAGAUUGUCGCAAGCAGCCACUAAGUUUAAGGAAAAUCGUUACCCGGCGUACGCGAUAGAAGAAGUCUGCUGGGAGAUUUUCGAAAAGGCUAGAAUUGUACAGAUGGAUGUGAAGCUCUUAGAAGCAUUUCACGAGUCAAAGUUUGAGGGACCAAUGAUCCAUACUUCGUUUGGUCAACGCUGGACAGCUAUUUGUGGCGCCUGCACUCGUUCUAAAGCCUUGUGCAAAAUGUUAUUGGACGCUCCAUACCUCGAACGUUUCGUUAGUCAUCCACAGGGAGAGCUGAAGAUGAAGCUCAAUAACAAAAAGAUCAACGCUCAGCGCGAUGCGCAAAAUGAGAUUGGUCGGCAAUUUUUGAGCAAAGGCGUCGGUCCCGAGGCGGCGGCUACAGCCUUAGCCAAAUUGCUUCCUGAAGAGGCAGAGCCAUAUGACAAAUAUGCCCGCUUCAGCCCUCAUCAAACUUCCGGUGGUAAUGCAGCCGGUCCAAAGACGCCAAUGGCCCCAGUUCGCAUUCAGCCUGCUCGAUCAGCUGUCACCAACUCAGCCAAGCGCAAGAAGACGUCAGAGUCCGAGGACGAAGAUGAGUCUGAAGAGGACGAUUACAUUGACUCAGCAGUCAGAUCUAAUGCCAGACCAACUCUUCGAGCUCGCCGAGCGACUCUCAAGACCCCUACAAGAUCCAAUAUCAACUACUCUGUUAUGGACAAGACUCCGCAGACUAAAAAGACCAAAGGGCAACCGAUCAAUACACGCUCACGUCUCACCAGUAUAACAACUCCUCUCAAGCCACAAGAAGUAGUGGAGGCAGAAGCUGAAGACGAUUACAAAAAGACUAUUUGCCGACUUCUUGGUCUCGACCCCAAGAAUUCGAAAGUCAUGGCCUACAGCCUUGAGGAUCUCAGAUGGUAUGCAAGAGCAUACAAUGUCGACCAUAUGGAAACUGUAUGGUCACAUCCACAAUGGCCUGAUUAUAAGGGUCUUGGACACGUUUUUAAGGACAAAAACGACAAUCGUGUGGACCACUUUUCUAUAAUCAUCAAGUCAUUGAUGCCGCUUGCUAAGCUUCGAGGAGAUUACGUCGACGGCAAAGUGAUGCCGCAUAGAAAUAAGACCUUCAAGCCUAAGUCACAGGAGGACCGUAUGGCACUUGGUUCUGCUAUGAAUGCUGUGCGUUUUCACGCUGGAUAUCCUGCUCCCGUAAGUAUUGAGUCUCAUGGUACCCCGCAAAUGAUCGCAGACAACAACAAUUUCAAGCCUCAAGCGCGUCAGCCCGUUGAAUAUCAACAUUUUGAUCACGGCUACUAUCAACGUUCGAGUGCAUAUGAUCAAUCUGCCUCACAGUAUUAUCCCUAUAGCCAUAAUCGCUCUCAGCAUACCAGCCAUCCAUCUCAGCACGUUAGUCACUCACCUCACUUAGCUGCUACCACCAGUAGGGGCUAUAAUAAUGGCUCGUUUCAACAGGGACAUAUGGCCAACCAUCAAUCAUUCGCUACCAACCCGGGCUAUAACUUCAACACUUUUGGUUCUAUGGAUGGUCUUGGAUUCUCUGGUCCGACCCAGAAUGGCUAUGCCACUUCCUUCAGAAGUCAUACUCCUAGCUACAACCCUAGUCAUACUGUCCCAAGCAGUCCUUAUACCACCCCUCAACUUGGUCAUAGUGUUGGCCUCGUCUCACAAAGUCCGCAUUUACCCAGUCUUGCUACUCAUCAUAGUGAUAGCACAUACCCAGACCCUGAAGAUUGCUCUAAUCAACAAACCCCGCAAUAGAUUCUAGCUUUAAUCUUCAGUCAUCGACUUGGUCUUUAGCUGGAAUUUGCUCUCUUCAUUCAUCAACUUUUUAGUUUCUCAAUUGCAUUCUACAUUUUUGCGGUCUAUCAUAGACAGCAACGAGUUCAGAUGGCUUCUUUUAGUGCGUAUUUGCACUGCUUUUCGACACAUUUUUUCACUUUCUAUCUUACGAUUUUACGGACUCCAUUUUACCUCGACUCGAUAUUGCCAAAGUGUUCAGCAUAUUACGGGUCAUUGUGCAUUCAACAACAGCACAAUUCAUACACUUAUUUUCAUUACGCCUGCUUCUUUCAGACUGUUAUUGCAGUAACUUGACUCUAUGGGUUCAGAUAUCGACUUUUUUAACACCACCAUACAUGCAUUUCCUUUACUUUCUACUUCCGAUCAACGCAAUACUUAUUGAUGUCUGCA